AUGCAUCAUGUUACAAUAUUACAUAGUGAUUGGGCCCAGUACUAUGGUACAGAACAACACACAGAUCAUAUGAACAAAAUGAUAUUUGGAAGUGGUCAAAUUGUUGAUGCUAGAAGGAAUGUAAUGAUUUUUGAAUGCGUUUUUAUUAGAAUCCAUCCUUCCGAUGGUAAAAAUGCUUUGAAAAUCGAUAGGAGCAAUAGGGAUUCUUAUAAAACGUUAGUAUCUCAAUGCAGCUUUUAUGAUUGCUCUGUUAAAGGAUGGGGUGGAGCAAUGCUUAUUGCAACAAAUGGUGGCGAAUGCGUACUUGAUAGAUGUUGUGGCCAGAAAUGCAAAAGUUCAAAUCAAGGAACUUUUGCAAAUUUGAAUGUAAGACAGGCCCAACCAUGCAGAUGCAUUAUAAACUCUACAACGGCUCUUCAUUGCGCUGGCAGAGACCAAGAUUUCCAAACAGAUUCAACAAUCUGUGUCACCAACAGCCUUUUGACAAUACGUGAUGCGAAUUUAACCCAGAAUAAGGCAAAGUAUGGAACGGCAUUUACGUUCAGAUUUCUUAAUUUAGAAGGAUCUUCUGCAAAAUAUUUGAGUAUUGACAGCAACGUAAAUUCAGAGCAGUAUGGAAUUAUCUGCAGAGACAAUGAUGAAACAUCGAACCAGUACAUAUUAACUCUUGAAAAUAUCAAUAUUUUACACAAUUCGUUCACAGAUUCUUCAAAUGGAUCCAUUUUCUCAUAUUACAAUGAUAGAACAAUAAAAGGAGCCAAAAAUACAAAUAUUAAUAAUUGUAAUAUAAGAGAAAACAACGCAAAGUAUUUAGCAUAUUCAAAUUUCCAAGCUUCUGUUUUUACAUUCCGAGGAUGCUUUUUAGAUGUAACAUUAGGACGAACAUGCGUUGUAAGAAUUGAACAAUCCGCAUCGAAUUCAGUUGACAACGGUGGCGUGUAUUACUACACAGAAAAUUGCAUUUUUUACGAUGCCACAGCUGUUGAAACGCCAUAUAUAACAGUUGUUGAAACGCCAUAUAUAACAGUUGUUGAAACGCCAUAUAUAACAGUUGUUGAAACGCCAUAUAUAACAGCUAUUGAAACGCCAUAUAUAACAGUUGUUGAAACACCAUAUAUAACAGUUGUUGAAACGCCAUAUAUAACAGUUGUUGAAACGCCAUAUAUAACAGUUGUUGAAACGCCAUAUAUAACAGUUGUUGAAACGCCAUAUAUAACAGCUAUUGAAACGCCAUAUAUAACAGCUAUUGAAACGCCAUAUAUAACAGCUAUUGAAACGCCAUAUAUAACAGCUAUUGAAACGCCAUAUAUAACAGCUAUUGAAACGCCAUAUAUAACAGCUAUUGAAACGCCAUAUAUAACAGCUAUUGAAACACCAUAUAUAACAGUUGUUGAAACACCAUAUAUAACAGUUGUUGAAACGCCAUAUAUAACAGCUAUUGAAACGCCAUAUAUAACAGCUAUUGAAACACCAUAUAUAACAGCUAUUGAAACACCAUAUAUAACAGCUGUUGAAACGCCAUUCCAAACAACUAUACCUGAAAGGCCUUCAGUUGAAGAUGAUCCUCAAGAUGGAAAAGAUGGUGAUACACCAGGAACAUAUGAUAAAAAUCCAGGAACGGAUGAUAAAACACCAAGAACGGAUGAUAUUGAAACAUCAGAGACAAAAGAAAAUGAAAAUAUUCCUAAAUCAAGUACAACAACCGACAAAAUAGAGCAAAAGGAUAAAGAGGCACAAAGGAAGAAGAAUAUUUGGUGGAUAUACGUUGUAGCAGGUUUUGCAGGAUUAUUACUUUUGAUAUCAGGAAUAAUUUUCUUCUUGUGGAUGAUGAGAGAAGAUGAUUCAACUGAAGAAGUAGAAACUGAUAAUGUUGACAAGAAUAAUGAAGAAACAACAUAUCUUGAUUCAUUAACCGUUAAUGAUGAAGAAUAUGUUAUCAAUCCGGAUUUUGAUGAUUAUGACCAGGAAAUCACUAAUCCUGAUGAGUUCUUUAUAAUGCAAGUUGAAGAAUAA